AUGGAGCAUGAGUUGAAUGAAUUGCGGAAGCAUAUUUCUGCUCAAGGGAUCCUUGUGCAGGAUUUGAUGAGUGGUGCAUGCCGUGAUUUGGAAGAGUGGAACAAAGCUAAUGGUAACAUCCAGGAAGCUCAAGACAACCCUCAAAAUUCUGAUGUUGAAGAUUGCAUUCUCAAUGAAGCAGAAGAGCACAUGACCAUAUCUUUGGAGAAUAUUGAUGUUCUACUGGCUGAGCAUAAGGUGGAAGAAGCAAUAGAGGCAAUAGAUGCCGAAGAAAGAAGUACUCCAGAGCUGAAAGGCUUGGGAGAUGCUAAUGAACCAUCCUCUUUCAAGUCUGCUUUUAUGAAAAGAAAGGCAAUGCUCGAGGGUCAGCUUGUUGCGAUCACUGAGCAACCCUCCAUGAGUAUCCCUGAACUGAAGAAGGCUUUAUCUGGUUUACUAAAGCUUGGAAAAGGUGCUUUAGCACAUCAGCUAAUGCUGAAGUCAUUUGGAUCCCGUCUCCAGAAAAGUAUUGAGGUUUUUCUUCCAUUAUGUCCUUGUUAUCCUGAAACAUAUUCAGCCACAUUAUCUAACCUUGUGUUCUCUACCAUCUCAUUGGCAACAAGAGAAUCCGGUUCAAUGUUUGGUGACAAUCCUGUUUACAGUAAUAGAAUUGUUCAAUGGGCAGAGUGGGAAAUCGAAUCUUUUGUGCGACUAGCUAAGGAGAAUGCGCCCCCCUCUGAUACAGUGGCUGCUUUACGUGCAGCUAGCAUUUGUGUUCAGGCUAGUUUAAAUCACUGCUUUUUGUUGGAAUUACAAGGCCUGAAAUUUUCGAAGUUGCUUUUGGUGCUUUUGCAGCCAUACAUUGAAGAAGUUCUGGAGUUGAAUUUCCGAUAUGCUAGAAGAGUAGUUCUUGACUUCUCUGGAAAUGAUGAGAGCUUGACAUUGUCACCUCGCUUUGCAUCUCCACUUUCUACUUUCGCAGCAUCAUCUGAUAGUGUGCUUGUUGAUAGUGGAAUGAGGUUCAUUUUCAUUGUCAAAGACAUAGUGGAGCAGUUAACCAGCUUAGUCAUUUUUCAUUUUGGAGGAAAUAUAUUGACGAGAAUUUCACAGCUUUUCGAUAAAUAUGUGGAAGCUCUGAUUAAAGCCUUGCAUGGCCCGUCUGAAGACGAUGGUCUUGCUGAACUAAAAGAUGCAAUACCUUAUAGAGCUGAAACAGAUUCCCAGCAACUUUCACUAUUGGGAACUGCAUUCACUGUUGCAGAGGAACUAUUGCCGAUGGUUGUAUCAAGAAUCUGGAGUGUAUUGAGUGAAGGCAAGGAAGCAGGAAGUGGACUUAAUGAAAAUACCGCGUCUCCUACUAGUAGUCUCAUUGAAUUUAAGGAUUGGAGGCGCCAUCUUCAGCAUUCGUUGGACAAGCUCAGAGAUCAUUUUUGUCAACAAUAUGUGUUAAAUUUCAUUUACUCGAGAGAUGGAAAAACACGACUAGAUGCUCAAAUUUAUUUAAAUGGAAAAGGGGAGGAUCUAUUCUGGGACUCUGACCCUCUGCCUUCACUGCCAUUCCAGGCAUUAUUUGGCAAGCUGCAGCAAUUAGCCACUGUCGCUGGAGAUGUGUUACUUGGAAAAGAGAAGAUACAGAAAAUUUUGCUUGCCAGGCUAACAGAGACAGUGGUAUUAUGGUUGUCAGAUGAACAGGAGUUCUGGGGUGUCUUGGAGGAUGGUUCGGCUCCUCUUCGGCCACUAGGGUUGCAGCAGUCUCAGCAAGUGGAAUUGAACCCUUCUUACUGGAAAAGUAGAAAUCCUCUCGAAAUAAACCUAUAUCAUGUAGAAAUUCAUAUUGAAACAAUGAUUACGACUGAUUUGGUUGAAGAGCAAAAAGCUGAGGUAGAGGAAACUGUGAUCGUGACUGAUGCUGUAUGCCUGAAGAAGCUGCACCACGAGCUUGAUAGCUUAGUGGUAUCUCCUGCAAUCCUCAUGGGCUGGGCAGAGUUUGAGGCCCCUUGGGGCAAUUGGGAGCGGGUGGGACUUGUGUAG